CCGAAUCAGCUGACUUGGUUGUGCGUUUCUGAGCAGUCUGGGCACUUUAAAGCUACUCGUCGCGUCUCGUAAAUUCAAUAAGUGUUAUUAUAUUUGAUCUCUUAUAUCAGAGGGUGAACAGCAUGUUACGGCCGAAGGCGCUGACGCAGGUUCUCAGCCAGGCGAACACAAACGGAGUCCAGAGCACUCUCUUACUGAAUAACGAAGGCUCACUGCUGGCGUACUCUGGGUACGGGGACACCGACGCUCGAGUGACAGCUGCUAUCGCCAGCAACAUCUGGGCAGCUUAUGACAAGAACGGCCAUCAAGCCUUUAAUGAAGACAAACUCAAAUUCAUUCUCAUGGAUUGUAUGGAGGGAAGAGUGGCCAUUACUCGUGUCGCCAACCUGCUGCUGUGCAUGUACGCCAAAGAAACGGUGGGCUUCGGGAUGCUUAAAGCCAAGGCAGAAGCACUGGUCCAAUAUCUGGAGGAACCUUUAACUCAAGUGGCUGCAUCGUAGUCGAGAUGUGACUCACGCUCUUCUGGAUGCUUAUGUCAUGUGAUCCAUUCAUGGACUACUGUGCCACUCUGCUUGUUCACUAAAUGCAUAAUGCAUAUAUGUCAAUGAACGGGCAAGCUUUUGUGUGUGCGUGUGUAUAUAUGUAUCUAUGUGUGUUUGUACUAAAAAAUUACCAACUUGUAUGGUGCGUAACUCUUUCCGCUCGCUUGUGAAUACGUUCCCUUCAAAAUUUGGCUAAAUUUGUCUGCUGAAAUGAUUCCAUUAUCAAACGUUCCCACAGUCGAGUCGUUCAUUUGCAGCUUUCGCUCAGGCAUGCUGAUCAAGGUUACACAGAAAUUUGAGCAUUUUGAAACUUGUCAGGAACUCAAAUCUCAUGAAAAGAGAAAUAUGUGUGGAAACUUUGAACUUUCUUGAGCUGCAGUUAAGAAUGAUUGUAUUAUUUCAGAGGUGUUAAAUAAAAAAAAAGUACAUUCAAAUUCACACAAACUUAUUUGUUCUUUACGCUGACGUGACAGAGAGGAAUGAUGGAGGAGUAGAUCUAUAUUAAAACUAACAGUGUGAUGAACAGAGCGCAUAAAAAAAAUUAAAAUGUGGUCACGACCUGGAAACAACAUGCCAAGAGAAAAAAACUGAACAUGCAUUUUAAAAUUUUGACCCAGAAUCACUGGAAUUAGUUUUAAUGACAAAUUCUUAGAGGCAGCGUUGACGAGCUGGGGACUCGCGCUGCCUUGCUUCAUUUUUCCUGGCACCACAGAAGAAGACGUGAUGGAAACGUGGGGCAGAAAGGGUAACGUAGCAUGCUUCCAUCUACAACAAGAAUCCAGAAAGCAUAAGUUUCACUGCUUUAUUGUUCCAGCGGUCAGUGGCUGGGUAAAUGGCUGCUUUUGUUCUUUAUGCACAGAUAUUGAAACAUGACAGAUCACACUGAA